AUGAAGUCCUCGUACUAUGUUAUUAUAGCACUUUUCUUGGGGAUCGCUUUACUUAAAGUUGCAAGGGCUCAAGUCGUCAUAAAAGCCGACCCAAUGAGCAUGAGCAUAUUCAAAGUAAACGCAACUCAUGCGACCGUAACUCUAACGGGCCCAACCAACAUCUGGUUGAGCAUCGGCGUUGGGGCAACCAUGUCCAACGCAGACUGUGUGGUAGCAUGGGCCAACGGCGACAACAGUGUGACCGUCUCAAGACGCUUCUCAUCUGGCCUUGCAGUGCCAAUGAACUAUCCAACACAAAACUUGCAGCUCGUCAACAAGACUGUGGCUGGAACGACAUUUACUGUCGUUGUGGCACGUCCUAUUGCUGCGAUGGGCGCUAAUGAGGUUGCUCUUGCAUAUGGAAACCAGGCGUAUAUAUAUGCGUUUGGGAGUGAUAAGCCGACGAGUAAUAUGGCGAAUGCUGCCUUUGGUAUUCAUACGCCAACUGCCAGGAAGGAAUUCAUGGCCAACUUUCUUGAUGCAGUAGCUGCCCCUGCUGGUGGUAACGGAACUAGUGCUGCAGCAUCCGUUACAUUGGGUGGUCCAUCACCAUUAUACCAGCCUUUAGUCCAAUACCAUGGUAUACUACUGUUCUUUGCUUGGUGCGUUGCUGCUCCCGUAGGAGUUACCAUAGCAAGGAAUAUGAAGAAAGAGCUUGGUGUAUGGUGGUUUAGGUUCCAUGCUCUUAUUGGAACGACAGUCUUUCUCUCUCAAAUGGUGGGAACGUAUAUGGCCUACUAUGCACAUAAUUUGGUUUCGACGCUACCUCAUUUCAGUUAUGCCAACACUGGCGUACACGGCCCACUAGGCCUAAUAAUCACCCUCGCAACACCCACCCAGUUUUUCCUCGGUAUCUUCAUUGACCGUAUGUGGUCUCCAGGUCGUCAGGGCAUCCCCUGGUACGAUAAGACACAUUGGUGGAUCGGCCGUAUUAUCUCCUUUGUGGGGAUUGCCGUCACAGAAGCGGGUGUCAACUUGUAUAAUAAGAGCAACCCCAUUGAUUUUGGAUGGAUUAUCUUGGUUUAUGGAUGGGUUGUUAUUAUUACGAUACAUCAGGUGUUUGCGGAAUUGAUAUACCCUCCUAUUCAUCAUACUGGAGCAAUCAGAAUGUUUCCGAGCUCUAGAAUGAAGAGCUCCUACUAUGCCAUCUUGGGAUUUUUCCUGGCCAUCUCAUUUAGCUGGAUUAGAGUAACAAAUGCCCAAGCAGUUGUAAUAAAAGCCGAUCCAAUGACCAUGUCCAUCUUCAAAGUAAACACCACCCACGCAACCGUGACCCUCUCAGGCCCAACAAACAUCUGGCUGUCCAUUGGUGUCGGUGCAACAAUGUCCAAUGCAGACUGUGUGGUUGCAUGGGCAAAUGCAGAUAAUACCGUGACAGUAUCACGUCGCUUCAGUUCGGGGUUGACGGUGCCCAUGAACUAUCCAACGCAGAAUUUGCAGAUUCUGAAUCAAACUGUUACGGGUGCUACGUUUACGGUUGUUGUGGCUCGACCUAUUGCGGCUGUGGUUGCUAAUGAGGUAGCGCUGGCGCCGGGUAAUCAGGCUUAUAUAUAUGCGUUUGGGACGGAUAAGCCGACUAGCAACAAGGCGGAUUCUACUUUUGGGAUUCAUACCCCAACAGGCCGAAAAGAAUUCAUGGCCAACUUCAUGGACGCCGUCGCAGCACCCGCUGGUGGCAACGGCACCGCUGCAGCCGCUGCACCAGUCACACUUGGUGGUCCAUCCCCGCUCUACCAACCGCUCAUCCAGUACCACGGCAUCUUGCUCUUUUUCGCAUGGUGUGUCGCUGCUCCAGUAGGAGUCACUAUCGCGAGGUUCCACGCCAUGUUGGGAACCACAAUCUUCAUCUCCCAAGUGGUGGGUGUGUAUCUGGCGUACUAUGCACACAAUCUGGUUUCUACCCUACCACAUUUCAGUUAUGCAAACACCGGCUUCCACGGCCCAAUAGGCGGGCUCAUCACCAUCCUAACACCAGCUCAGUUCUUUCUCGGCAUCUUCAUCGACCGCAUGUGGUCUCCAGGUCGACAUGGGAUUCCAUGGUACGACAAGGCACAUUGGUGGGUUGGUCGUAUUGCUACUUUUACUGGUAUUGGAGUCACCGAAGCCGGCCUCGUAUUAUACCAGAAGAGCAACACGGUAGAUCCUGGGUGGACAGUAUUACUUUAUGGAUGGAUUCUAAUUGUCACUGUUCUUCAAGUGUUUGCCGAGUUGAUCUACCCGCCGAUUCAUCAUACUGCUGAAAACCAUGACCUGUUUGAAAAGGGUGAUAAAGACCACUCCUAA